AUGCAUGACCUAAGGCGCACCAGAGAGCCGCUGCAUCAGCAGAGUCACCUCACGGAUUUCUCCGACGCCGAGGAACGGGAGUCCGCUGCCAAGGCGGACGAGGAAGCCGCCCCGAAGCCAGGAGUAGCCGAAGAACCCCACACCUCCGAUGGGGACAUGUACGCAGAUAUGGAGCUAGACGCCGACGAGGCAGGGGCAGCCGACCACGAGGGUCCCCGAGACAGCCCCCCGCUGUUCUCCCGCCGACCAUCCGGGUUCCGUCGAGAGAACCUGUGGUCGCCGCCGCCGUAUAAACGACGAGCCGCGCCCUGCUCCCCGGAGCCAGGGUCACCGUCAUUCGAAGAGGAGUUCGAAGAUGCCGGUUCUAGCCAGCACAGCUUCCCGGAACCAGAGACGCCAUCAUACGCGCCGAUGUUCGAACAGGAGUUUGAAGAUGCCGGUUAUCACCAGCGCCGCGAUCCCCGAACCGGCCGUGGCAUUUACCGCCCCGAGAGGGGGCUGGAGCGUUACACACCGAAACCAUACAACGCGUACUACGACGACGGGGAGAGCGAAGAGGAGGAACCCUACGGUCGGCAAUUCAUAGCCGAAACAGAGACCUUUCACCACACGGUCACGCCAUGGGGUUACGCGUCACGCGUAACCACCAGAUCCGCGGAACCAAUCGACUACCGCUCCGAACCGGCCGUCCCAGCCAGGGCAAGCCCCCCGCACGCCGAAGCGCGACCGCCAACGCCCGCAUCGGAUCCUCCCCGAUGCCCCAAUCCUCCCGAAGAGUCGGCGGCGGCCACGCCCCCACACGCCGAAGCGCGACCGCCAACGCCCGCAUCGGAUCCUCCCCGAUGCCCCAAUCCCCCAGAAGAGUCAGCGGCGACCACACCAACGCACGCCGAAGCGCCCCACGCGGAGGCAGCGCAAGGCCCUCCCACUGAAUGGCCCACCGGGGCUACAGAAGAGGGAAACGCCGCUCCGGUUCGACAAGCGGAGCUGACCGAACCGGAGGAGUAG